CCAAGUGGCUCGCGCUGCGCCGCGAGUUCGUCGUGUCGCCGUCGUCGUCGUCAUGUUGUUGUUGUUGUUGUUUUCGUCGCUCGUUUUGGCGCUCGGCUGGGUCGACGCCGCGCCUCAAACCGCUGCUGCAUUUCAUCCACUGGGAUUGAAUUAUAACAUCGAAGAUGUCGAGUUGGCGCGAAAAGCCGUGGGACCGAUCAACAUCGACAGGAUGAUGGACGACAACAUCGAGCGUAUCAGGCGGGGCCUGAGCCUGUUCGAUCCCGCGGAGCUCGUCGAUCGGGAUUAUUACUGGACCAGCUGGAUCUUCGCGAAUCUGUACGACGGCCAGCUGAAGCGAGUCUCGACGAUGUAUCGGGCGGGCACCUGCACACUGGCCUACAGCAAGAAGAUCGUCACGGCCAAUCUGAACAUCGGAUGGAACGUCAUGAGCUUCCUUUACGCCUAUUACUACGACGUCUUCUUCUGGAGCGGCCGCGGCACGAUCUACGGCGAUCUGUCGAAUCUCCGCGUCAAUCUCGACGUCGACGUCGACUUCAGCGAGUACCAGAUCGUCUUCAGGAGCUUGAAAUUCCACGACAACGGCAAACUCGACGCGUCGUCCGACGGCUUCUGGUCCAACGUCGUGGUCAAGGUCGCCAUCUGGCUGGCCCACGACGCGAUACUGCGCCAGGUCGAGGUGAUGGCCAACGACAUCCUCGCAGCGGAGGUCGAGCUCGUCAAUCGACAGAUCGGUCCGGGCCAUCGACCCUUCACCUUCGUCAAUCUCGCCAAGUCGAACAAUCGUCGCUCCUUGGCCACGUUGAGUCUGAGGAGUCUCGAGCGGGAGUUCGCCGCGGACGAGUAUCAUCCGAACGAGGGUGUCGAGGACGCGCCGAGCCCGGACAAAGUCGAGCUUCUGGAGAAGGUGUUGCUGCAGGUCGAGGAGAACAAGUCGAAGAAUCGAAUCGAUGUAUAAUUGUACAUAUAUGUAGAAUAGACAUUAAUUUUUA